CCCCCAUCACUUGUUCAGAGAACAACUUUGUUAACAAGGUCUGGCGUGGAGCAACUCACUUCCACUGUGGUCAACGCUAACUUCUCUACUGCAGGACAUUUGUCGCAGCACCCUUGGAAUACCAGUAAUCUCGUCACUGCAGUGGUGUUGUCCAUCUGUUUUUUCCUGGGAGUUUCUGGAAACAUCGCAGUGUUAAUACUCAAGCCCAACUGGCAGAAUAUGUCCAGUCUGAGCCAGAGUUUAAUGCUGAAUCUGGCCAUUUCUGACCUGCUCAGUCUGCUGACCCUUCCACUUUGGAUUUAUGCAUUUCUGUUUGGCUGGAAAUUUGACCUGGUGCCAUGUAAACUUUUAGCAUAUGUUGUGUACUGCAGCAUUUAUGCCAGCCUGCUGACUGUGUCUGGACUAAGCAUCCAGCGCUACCUUGUUGUGGUGCGACAAAGAAGGUGCCAUCAGGUAAAAAGGAGAGCGCUGCUGUUCACGCUCUGGUUGGUUGCCAGUAUCCUGGCCAUCCCUGCUUUGGUGGUUCAGAAUCUGCAAACCGAUCAGCAAUGGAUUAUUUGCAAAGGACAGUAUUCUUCUGAUGCCCAGUGGGUGGCUGUUCUGCUGACAGAGACUGUGUUUGGAUUCAUUUGUUUUAUUCUCGUGGCAUUUUCAUAUGUCUGUCUUCAAAAAAGGGUUAACCAGUCAGCCUUUUUCAACAACCCACAGACAACCCGACUAUUAACCAGUAUCAUCGUCAGUUUUUUUGUUCUGUGGGCUCCAUAUCAUACAACAAAUGUGCUGGGAGUGGCAGCAAUAUGUUUGAAGAACGACAAUUUGCUCAACUUUUGCGAUGAAACCUGGAAUGUUUGUGGAGCAGUGACAUUUAUUAACAGCUGUCUAAAUCCACUCCUGUAUGCAUUCACUUCUUGUAAGAUGUGCAGUGUUUGCAGAAAAACAGAAGAGUUGCAGCAGAGGUUCAGAAAUUCCCAGACGGAGAUAAGUACAAUUACAGAAACUUGAUAACAAAAAUAUGUUUUGACACCUUUUAAGCAUAACAGAAAUAUUUCUGUCACAGGCAAAAGCGUUUUUGUGUUAUCUUUUAUGUGCAAUGUCAGAUUACUUUUUUCAGAGCAGGUUAUAGAGCACUUUUGUUAAUCACUUGUGAAAUUAAAUCAUGGCGCAAAAGAUCUUUAUGAGAAUGUUACUUGGUCUGAGAGAUUUUUGUCUUGUCUAUUUUUUUUUACAUAGAACAAAAUCUCUUUCAAAACUUCUAUUAACAUUGUUUAUAACUAAAAUAAUUUUGUGUAUAGUUUCCUUCCUGUGUCGAUGGACCUGAAUCUGACUUGGACCAAGAUAGAAAGAUUAAAAUGUUUAGUGGAAGUACUCGAGGAAUUAGGCUGGUUGAAAGAAGAUAAUGCAUUUGGUUAUGUUAAUCUGUUGCAGCUAACUUCUACUUUGGCGAUCUGUGACAUUUAGGAUUUUGUGAACUAAAAUGCCAACAAGGAAGCACAUUGGCAAUUAUGUUAGAGAAGUAAUUCUUAUUUGCAUGUAUAUUUUUGACUAUGUGUAGCACAAAUCGUGUUGCUCUGGACAUCCUCGUCACAAAAAAUAACCUUUGCAGCAAAAAGAAGAAAAAAAAAAGAACAAAGCCCAGUUAUUCAACGAUACCUAUGGUAAUGCC